AUGACUGCAACUAUCAUUGAUGGCAAGGCUGUCGCUCAAAAUGUGCGCGAUCAAGUCAAACAAAAUAUUAUCAAGACUAAGGCUAAAUAUCCUCAUUUCAAUCCUCAUCUUGCUAUUGUUCAAGUUGGUGGACGCGAAGACUCUUCUAUUUACGUUCGUAUGAAGGAUAAGGCUGCUAAAGAAGCUGGUAUCGCUAUCACUACUGAAAAGUUACCUGAAUCUAUUACCCAAACUGAACUCUUAUCCAAGGUCAAGCAAUUGAACGAUAGUUGGCAUAUUCAUGGAAUCUUGGUUCAAAUGCCUUUGCCUAGUCAUAUUGACGAAACUGCUGUUAUUGAAGCCAUUGAUUACAGAAAAGAUGUGGAUGGUUUCCAUGCUAUCAAUAUUGGAAAUUUGUCCAAGAAAUCUGGAGAACCUCUCUUUUUGCCUUGUACUCCUAAAGGGAUCAUUACUUUGUUGAAAUCAACUAAUAUUGACAUCAAUGGAAAAAAUGCUGUGGUGGUUGGUCGUAGUGAUAUUGUGGGUGCCCCUGUCGCCUCUAUGCUUACCUCUGAAAAUGCUACUGUAACCCUUUGUCAUUCCAAAACUGAAAAUAUUGAAGACAUUGUCAAACAAGCCGAUAUCCUUGUGGUAGCUAUUGGUAAAACUGAAUUCAUCAAGGGUGCUUGGAUUAAGCCUGGUGCCGUUGUUAUUGAUGUCGGUACAAAUGCUGUUUCUGACCCUUCCAAGAAAUCUGGUAUUCGUUGGGUGGGUGAUGUUGAAUAUGCAGAAGCAUCCAAAGUGGCAAAUGCUAUUACUCCUGUUCCUGGUGGUGUUGGACCCAUGACUGUAGCUAUGCUGAUGGAAAAUACUUACAAUAGUGCCAAACGUUGGUUCGAUUUGAGUCGUAAGCGUGAUGUCAGUCCUUUACCACUUCAUCUUAGAACUCCUGUACCAUCUGAUAUCGACAUUGCUAUGGAUCAAACUCCUAAACAUUUAGCGACUUUAUGCAAGGAAAUCGGGCUCACUGAAAGCGAAUAUGAACUUUAUGGUGCGCAUAAAGCCAAGAUUAAUCUGGAUGUUUUGGAUCGUUUGAAUCAUCGAAAAGAUGGUAAAUACAUUGUGGUCACUGGAAUUACACCCACUCCUCUUGGUGAAGGUAAAUCAACUACUACUAUUGGUUUGGCUCAAGCUCUUGGUGCUCAUCUUGGUAAAGCUACUUAUGCUUGUGUUCGUCAACCCUCUCAAGGUCCCACUUUCGGUAUCAAAGGUGGAGCCGCUGGUGGAGGUUACUCUCAGGUCAUUCCUAUGGAUGAAUUCAAUUUACAUUUGACUGGUGAUAUCCAUGCCGUUACUGCUGCUAACAACUUGUUAGCUGCUGCCAUUGAUGCUCGUAUGUUCCAUGAAAAUACUCAAUCUAACAAGGCUCUCUUCAAUCGAUUAUGCCCUGCGAAGAAGGGUAUCCGAAAAUUCGCUCCUGUUAUGAUUAAACGUCUCCAGAAACUUGGUAUUGACAAGACUGAACCCAAUGAUUUAACCGAAGAAGAAAUCGCAAGAUUUGCACGUUUGGACAUUGACCCUAAUACUAUUACCUGGCAACGUGUGAUGGAUACUAAUGAUCGAUUCUUGCGCAAAAUCACUGUCGGACAAAAUACUACAGAGAAAGGACAAGAACGACAAACUGGAUUUGAUAUUGCUGUGGCAAGUGAAGUAAUGGCCGUGCUUGCAUUGACCACCGGUUUACAAGAUAUGCGACAAAGAUUGGGCAAUAUGGUGGUGGCCAGUUCUAAAUCCGGUGAUCCUAUUACUGCUGAUGAUAUUGGUAUUGGUGGUGCUUUGACAGUAUUAAUGAAAGAUGCAAUCAAACCCAACUUGAUGCAAACUUUAGAAGGUACUCCUGUCUUGGUUCAUGCUGGUCCCUUUGCCAACAUCGCCUCUGGAAAUUCUUCUAUUUUAGCCGACAAGAUUGCUUUGAAAUUGGCAGGUACUGAUGAUGGUGAUGAUUCAAUGGAACCUGGUUACUGUUUGACCGAAGCUGGAUUUGGAGCUGAUAUGGGUAUGGAGAAAUUCUUUGAUAUGAAAUGUCGUACUUCUGGUUUGAUUCCUGACUGUGUUGUACUUGUUGCCACAGUACGUGCGUUGAAGAUGCAUGGUGGUGCUCCUGAAGUGGUUGCUGGCAAACCUUUACCUGAUGCGUACACUGAAGAAAAUCUUGAAUUUUUGGAAAAGGGAUGUAGCAACUUGGUACGUCACAUUGAAAAUGCCAAGAAGUUUGGAGUAUCUGUUGUGGUUGCGUUGAACCGAUUUACGUCUGAUACGGAUGCUGAAAUGGAACUGAUUCGCAAAUUAUCCAUUGCUGCUGGAGCGGAUGAUGCGGUGGCGUGUGAUCACUGGACGCGUGGUGGACUUGGUGCGGUAGAUUUGGGCAAGGCAGUAAUCCAAGCAUGUGCCAAAGACAAGCAGUUCAAGUUUCUAUAUGAUGUGGACCAACCGAUUGAAGCCAAGAUUGAAACCAUCUGCAAGGAAAUUUAUCGUGCGGAUGGUAUCGAAUUGAGCGAUCUCGCCAAGGAAAAGAUUGCUGUCUAUACUCGUCAAGGCUUUGGUCAUCUCCCUAUCUGUAUGGCUAAAACUCAAUAUUCUUUCUCGCAUGAUCCCGAACUGAAAGGUGCUCCCUCUGGCUUCACCGUGCCUAUCCGUGAUAUCCGUGCUUCGGUUGGUGCCGGCUUCCUUUAUCCUCUGUGUGGUGCUAUGCAAACAAUGCCUGGUUUGCCGACCCGUCCCUGCUUCUAUGAUGUGGAUUUGGAUCAAGAUGGAAAGGUGGUUGGACUCUUUUAG